AUGCAACGAAGACGGACUUUGAAGUCCUCAGAGCAGACUCUGCAAGUUCACCAUAAAAGUCAAACUGAUCUCUCAGCAUGGAGAAAAGGAGGGAGGACUGAUUCAGAAAAAAAUGCCCAGGAUCAUCAGCCUUGUAAUGAUCAGGAAAAAGAAAGGAACCCAGACUCCCUUGAGCAAGCCUUGAGCUACUUUGAGAAAGUUCAAGACAAUGUUCCCCUGAAGAAGAACAGUGCUCUGCAAAAACACUUGGCUGCUGUGGAAAGCAUUGCCCAGCAAAGAGGGUUACCCCCUGAAGGAUUUGAUGUAUUGCUAAACGUGGCACUUAGUGGCAAACUUGCUGAUACAGUAAAUACUCGUUUGCUGAAGAGCCUGAUUCCAGCCUCAGUAAUACCAGAGAGUUCUGUGGUUACUUCUGUGUCUUGGCUCUGUGCCAGCAAGUGCUCAGGCAACAUACAGCUGCUUUUUGUAAGAUGGCUGAUCACAAUGUUUGACUUCAUUGAUCACAAAGAACAGCUUCAUGCCCUCUAUGGUUUCUUCUUUUUCUUCCUGCAAGAUGAGAAGAUGUGCCCCUUUGUCUGCCACGUGCUCUACCUCCUGACCAGGAAAGAAAAUGUCAAGCCUUUUCGGAUCAGGAGGCUGCUUGACCUUCAAGCAAAAAUGGGAAUGCAGCCUCAUCUUCAGGCUUUAUUAUCACUUUACAAAACCUUCUGUCCUGAGCUAGUGACCAUAAACCUUCCUAGGAAAACUAAGACUUAUUUCAAGAAUGCAGAGGGCCCAUGGAAAGCAGCACUCAACACAGUAAGGCAAAGAAACCAGGGGAAGUCUCCAGUAUCCCAGUUGCUGUUUUUAGGCACAGCUCAACCUCAGUCACGAAAAAGGAAAUGGAAUACCCAGUUGGUUAUACCUGCAUGCAGCACAAACAAAAAUGCUUUAGAAGAGGACAGGGCACAGAAGAGUGUUGAUUUGUACAGUAGGAAUGAGUCUUUCCCAGUGGAGCAGCUGCAGACCUUUUCUCAGCUCCUACAAUAUAUCCACCAUCUAGAGUUUCCUUCCCAGAUGGGUUCAGUGCUAACAAACCCUUUAUUGCUUCACUACAUGAAUUGUGUCAAAGAUGAAUCUAUUUACCUGAGGCUCUACUAUUGGAUGGGCCAGACUCUUCAGGAAGAAUGUACCUGGUGUGUGGCUGAGAAUAGCAGAUACGAAGAAGAAUUCAAGGAGUUCCUUGAAACUGUCUACAAGACAGAGUGUUUCUUGCAGGAGGGAUUUUCUUCCUGUGAAGAGUUCCUGUAUAGGAGCCUUCCUCUCUGGGAUGGCUCCUGCUGCCAAUCCCAGAUCCUUAGACUUGUGAGUUGGAUCCCUCUCAGCAGCUUCUCUGAAAUGAAGUCACAUCUCUAUGAUCCCCUGGCACAGCUGUUUUUCACAUCAUCCCUUUUCUUUAAGUGCAGUGUUCUUGAGAGCCUGAAGGAGCUGCUGCAGAACUGGUUACGUUGGCACGUGGUUCAUCUGGAUUCAGAGUCUGACUCUGAAGUCUGUUCUUUGAACACCACCCUUUCUGAACAGGUGAACGUAGUGGCUGAACUGAUCCACUUUGUUGGGUGGAUCUCCACUGCUGCCUUGCGCUUGGAAAAUGAUCACAGUUUCUUGCUGUACUUCAUCCUGGAUUUCUAUGAGACUGUUUCUGACAUGUAUCUGGGGUACAACCUGCCUCUGUUGAUAAUGCCACCUGCUGGAGUUUUCUACCCAGCACUUCUCAGUAUGGAUUCUGUCAACCUGAACCAGCUCUGCUACAUCAUGUACAGGUAUCGAGCCAACUUGGUGGCUGCCAAAGAAAAUGAGCGGAGUAAAAAGAAAAUACUGCAAUUCAAGUUCAGUAGCCAGACAUACAAAGAGUACAACCAGUACAUAACAGCCAUGGUGGGUUGUCUGUGGACAUCCAGUGCAUUCCAAAGUGAUAUUCAUCCUCAAGGCCUUCGUAUGGAUGAUGAACUGCUGAAGAAAACUGCGGUGAAGGAUUUCAAAACCAGCUUAAACAUUGUCAACCACCCAGCCAUGAUGGGCUAUGCUGCCCUCUUCCUGAAGCAGGCUUGGCCAGAAGAUAUCACCUUCAACUUCAGUUUAAUUAAGGGAAGAAAGUGGAACUGGUAUCUGGAAUAUCUCUACACACAAGGUUUAAAGGGCCUGAAGGUCUUUAUUGAAAGCAGCAUCAAUCGUGUUUCCCAGGCCUCCCACAGUAAAGCAGGAGAUGUGCAGGUGUGA